AUGAGUGGGAAAUUUGUACGUGCAUCUAAGUAUAGACACGUUUUUGGUCAGGCAGUCAAAAAGGAAUUGCAAUACGAAAAACUUAAGGUUACGAAUAAUGCUUGGGACUCUAACUUGCUGAAAACCAAUGGUAAAUAUAUUGCGGUGAACUGGAACGCUUCCGGAGGCGGUGCCUUUGCUGUUAUUCCAAUUGGAGAAGUGGGCAAGGCCCCAGACCAAGUGCCUUUAUUCAGAGGCCACACCGCGCAAGUCCUGGAUACGGAUUUUGAUCCAUUUAAUGAUCGUAGAAUUGCUUCCGGUUCUGAUGAUUCUAAGAUUGGUAUCUGGGAUGUCCCGGAAAACUACAAGUUUCAUGACCAUGUAGACGAAAAUGGGGACCCAAUUGAUAUCAAGCCUGUGAAGUUUUUAACUGGUCAUGCAAGAAAAGUUGGACAUGUUCUUUAUCACCCUGUCGCCAAGAAUGUAUUGGCAUCUUCCUCAGGUGACUACACUGUCAAGCUAUGGGAUGUGGAAGCUGGGAAGGACCUGAUCACUUUGAAACACCCUGAUAUGGUAACAUCCAUGUCAUUUUCGUACGAUGGUAAUCACCUAGCCACAGUGGCCCGAGAUAAGAAAUUGAGAGUCUGGAAUAUCAGAGAUGAAAAAAUUGUCAGUGAAGGGCCUGCACAUACUGGUGCAAAAAACCAAAGGGUCGUAUGGUUAGGAAACUCUGACAGAUUGGCUACCACUGGUUUUUCUAAACUGAGUGAUCGUCAAAUAGGUAUCUGGGAUGCCUUCAAUCUCGAAAAGGGAGAUCUGGGUGGUUUUUAUACCGUUGACCAAUCAUCAGGUAUCUUAAUGCCUUUUUAUGACGAUGGUAAUAAGAUACUUUACUUGGUAGGUAAAGGUGAUGGUAAUAUUCGAUAUUACGAAUUCCAAAACGAUGAACUGUUUGAAUUGUCUGAAUUCCAGUCGACGGAAGCACAGAGAGGGUUUGCUGUGGUUCCUAAGAGAAUGGUAAAUGUCAAAGAAAACGAAAUCUUUAKGGGUUUUAAAACCGUCGUUGAUCAACGUAUCGAACCAAUUUCAUUCUUCGUUCCAAGAAGAGCAGAAGAGUUCCAAGAGGAUAUCUAUCCAGACGCACCAUCGGAUAAGCCAGCUUUAACCGCCGAUGAGUGGUUUUCUGGUAAAUCCGUGGAGGGUCCAAUACUUGUUAGCAUGAGAUCCAUCUAUGAUGGUUCUGUUCCAAGUUUCCACGAAGCUAAAAAGCCUGAAGAGGCAUCUACCCAAGCAGAGGAUCCCAAAGUUAAAGAAGCAAAGUCCGUUAAGAAAGAGGAGAAGCCACUUGAGGAAAUCAAAAAAGAAGAGAAGCAAGAAGCUCCUACACCACCAAGUUCUACCUUCUCAUCUUCCCCUACGAUUAACCAUGUGUUGAAAGAGGAUACGUCGAUUAACAAGCUGCUAAAAAAGUCCUCUGAUAUUGAUGAAGUCAAUCGCGCAGAAGAUCCAUCCAGAGAUACUUCCGGGUGGGAAGAAGCUGAUGAUGAGCCAGCUCCUGUUAAAAUCGAAACUGUUAUUACCCCAACUGAAACUAAAAAGGAGAACCCAGUUAAGGUAGAAUCUCCAAAGGUAGCAGAACCAGCACCGGUAUCAAUUGCCACAGAUAGAAACCAAGAAGAAAAGACCGCAGAGAAUGAAAACUCUCCGGCUCCUUCAUCUUCGACUACCACGACUAUUACCGCUACCACGGCCAGUACCAAGGAAUCUUCUUCAGCAGCUAAGGCUUCUACCAAGUCGUUAGGCUUAAAGCAAUCUGUUGAAAAGUUGUCCACAUUGGUUCUGCAAUUGGAAGAUGUAAUUGAUAAACUAAUGAAAGCCAACCUUGACAAGGAUGAACGUUUGUUAAAAUUGGAACAAAGGAUUAGCGAAUUGUCCAAAUGA